AUGCUCCCCCACAUCCUCUUCCUCACCCUCUCCCUCACACCUUCCAUCCUCGCCAUCCCUCUCUCCUCAUCCACCACAAACACCAACACCAACCUCAACUCCAACACAAACCUAAACAUAAACAAAAGAACCCCCUUCUCCCCCCGUCAAGAAACCACCCCAGAAGGCCAAACAACAGACGCCACCCUCCUCAACUCCCUCAACUUCGCCCCUCCCCCGCUUCCCAACCCGGACAGCCUCAGCGGUGGUAAGGGCGGUAACAACGCAACAUGUCCGUCCGUCCGGCCGUCGAAACAGUGCUGCGAGUCGCUCGAUGGCGUCGCGGACGAUGUUACGGGCGAGUUGGGCAGUCUGGUACCGUGGCUUUCGGGCGUGGCGGUUUCGAGUGUGCUUGCUUUGGAUUGUACCGGAAUGGAUGACUCCGCGUCCACGGAUGAUUGUCUUCAGCAGGUGAUGUGUUGUGAGGGGGCUCCUGGGAAAUCAACCACCGUUGAAACCUUCAAAGGCAAGUGUCAGCCCUACGAUGAAGCGCUCAAGGUCAAGGCGGAUGAGGAGAAGGAGAAGAGUAAGAGUGCGGCUGCUGCAAGUGCGAGUGCAAGUGCGAGUGCGGGUGCGAGUGCCGUGCAUGGCAGAGUGUCUGUGGCGGCUGCUACGCCUUCUUCCUCUUCUUCCGGUCGGGUUGGGAGGUUGUAAGUAUUGCGAUCAUGGUAAGAAGGAUGAAAGGAUGAGGGGGGUUUGUUGGUGGAUGUAGGAAGGAAGGACUGGUU